ACGGCAUUGUACGAAAAAGUUCUGUUAAGAUGACACCUUCCACCCUAACCACUCUGUUCGCGAUCGUGCUUGCUGGUGCCACAUUCACCCAAGCCCAAACAAAUGAUUAUAAGAUCCAUGGCUUGGAUCUCCUUCGUCUACUCUCGGAGAAGCCGUGGCUCCUCCACAAUCGAUGGGAGCCUCGUGACCAAGACGUUGGGUACAGGAAUCAAGAUUCCAAUGACGACAGCUUUGACGAUGACUUAAGGUCCAACUCGGAGAAGCGGUCUGCUGUGGCCACGGCGCUGAACGGGCGGCGACGUCGGCAGCCCACGCCGUCGCUUGGUGUACUUAACGAUGUGGGCUCAUUCUUCGACUCGCUCCGGGACAACCUGGAGACGCUGGCGUCACUGUCACCAGAACAAAGGUCUACGCUAUUCCAGGAGCCACCAACAGUAGUACACGCGCCUUCAUCUGGAGGAGGUGGCGGUGGAUCUGGCAUGCGGAGACUCCACGCUCUGAGACCUUUGCGACCAACCGGUAACAUCAGAUCUUACAACCGCAGAUCGGACUUGGAGGCGUAUGGACCAGCCAGGAGCUACCCGGGCGCGAAUCACCACGACCCGGGCCUGCUCUGGACAGGUCUUGGCCGGUAAACACCCCAAGCUCUACACCCCAACGGCACAUAUCCCAAAAACUGCUAAAUUCCUCUCGAAUAUUGAACACUGCUUGUCUCACAUGUGUUACUAAUUCGAAAAACAAUAUUAUGUGUAGUACUCGGCAAAUAACUUGGAGGAGAUGCAGUCGUUUCUUACUAAACCUACUAAGGAUGCUAAAGUUUUUGCAAAAAUUCUCGCCAAGUUACGUGCCGAUAUGUCUGUGUCUCUUUGCUGUGGAAAACUAAUCGUUAUUGUUGUACUAUGUGUGUAUAUUUAUAUUAUAUAACCAUUAAAAUUAAAUGCUAGCUAGGAAAUCCUUUUUUACUUUUCAUACAUUCUAUUUCCUUAAUGUAAUUUUAACUAGAAGUUCACAUUAACUGUAAUAUCCGAUCCAUUAACUGAUCAAAAUUACUUAAAUCGUAAUUCGUUUGCCAACAUAUUUAGGGUUGUGUGUACCAGCUAAAAUCUAUAUUAUUAUUAACCAUACAACUUUCGUAAGAUUUGACGUUUGAUGAAACUUAUAAUUCUGUGUCGAUUAGUCAGAAUAUGAUAAAUGCAAUUUCAUUAUAUUACAGGUCAAGCAAUUAAAUUGUUAAGAAAUCUUUAAGGCACUCAAUAUAAGGAAUGAAUUUUUUCAUUGUCUGAUCUAUGACCACACAAUUAUUGAAACCUGUUUAAAUAAUGCAAUGACAUUUAAUGAAGAAAACAUUACUGAACUUUAAACAACUCGUUAAAUAACCUUUUCUUUGAACUUAAAAGAGAGUAAUUUUGAAAAACAGUCCGUUGUUCAAAUCUUCAAUUAGCUGUACUGUUAAUUAGAAAAUGCUUUUCUAACUUAAAUUUAUAAAAUAAGGAAUUAUACUUUAGACAAUAUUGAUUCAUUGAUUAUAUAAACAAAUA